AUGUUUCGCAACGAUGUCGACCCGUCUCUCCCGCCCAACCACCCCCUCAACUCCCUCUCUUCGCUUCGCAAAUUCUUGAUUCUCCUCACACUGUCCUACAGUGGCUUCCUCGCCAACUUCUCCGUCGCUAUCAUCCAGGUUGCCUUCGUGCCCAUGGGCCAAGCUUUUGGGGUCUCGCCUGGGGACAUCCCCAACACGAUUGGAUACAACCUUCUUGGGUUCGCGGUCGGUCCAUUGCUUUGGAACCCGCUUAGCAAGACGAUCGGCCGCCGCCCCGUCUACCUAAUCGGCUCCGCGCUUUUCCUUCCCUGCGUCGUCUGGAUGGCUUUGUCGCCGUCCUACGCCUGCUUCAGCGCCGCUCGCACGGUGGCCGGAAUCGUCUCGUCGUUCUCCCAGACUGUCCCGCCGGCAACAGUCGCUGACAUCUUCGUCAAGGAAGUCCGCGGCAGCAAGAUGAGCAUGUACGCCGUCGCGGUUGUCAUUGCGCCGGCCGUCGCACCCGUCUUCUCCGGCCUCAUCGUCAACACCCAACCCUGGCACGUCCUCUUCUGGUUCAUCCUCGGCCUCGCCGGUCUCCAGCUCGCGCUUUUCGCAGCUAUUGUGCCCGAGACGCUGUGGACUGAGGAAGCAACAUCGGACCGUGCCGGAGCGGACAAGCACAACUCGCUGAACGACAGCAUCGCCAACGCCGGCAAGAAGGCGGCUUUUGAUGAGCAGCAAAUCGAGACGGUCGAGAACAAGCCCUCUGUAAACUCUCGAGCCGGCCGUGUCGGCGCCGCCUGGAUGCCUUGGCAGCGUCCUGGCGAAUUCUUCCACAUCUUCGUCUCGCCCUUCCUCAUGGCUCGCUACCUCGCCAUCUCCCUCCCCUCGAUCUACUACGGCAUGGUCUUCGCCUGGAGCGUCUCGAUCACCAUUGUCGCUCCUCAGAUGUUCGAGAAGCCGCCGUACAACUUCAAGACUAUCCCCGUCGGCGCCUCAUUCCUCGCUUACGGUAUCGGAGGCGUCCUCGGCAAAUGGUCCGGCGGAAUCGUCGGCGACAAGGUCGUUGCUCUCUUUGAGCGCAAGAAGGGCACCCGCCAGCCUGAAGACCGACUUUGGGCACUCCUUCCGAUUCUGCCGUUCAUGAUGGUCGCCUGCGCUAUUGUCGCCGUCGUCAUUCGGGACAAGCUCGCCUGGAUUGCCUACCUCAUCGGCGGCGCUCUCUUCUUCUUCUGCCUCUCCGCCGCAACCGGCAUCUUGCAGACCUACGUCCUCGAAUCGUUCCUCCCUCGCUCAACAGACGGCCAGGCAGUCUUCAUCUUCUUCAAGUCGAUCUGGGGCUUCGCGAUCCCCUUCAUCCUCACCUCGCUCGAGACCUCGACGGGCUACUUCAAGGGCUACAUGAUGAUGGGCGCUCUCGCAACGGGCGUCGGGUUCAUUCUCUGCGGAGGACUGAUCUGGAAGGGCUACGAGGUGAGGAAGGGGCAGGGAACGCCAGUUGUUGCGAGGUGA